AUGUGGAAAUGUUACUUAGAUGUAUUUAAAUGGCUGUUUUCAUAUCCAAACCCUAUCAACCCCAGCCCCCUAUAUCAGCCCGAGCCCCCUUUAUCAAACAGAGCCCCCUAUAUCAGCCCGAGCCCCCUAUAUCAACCCGAGCCCCUAUAUCAGCCCGAGCACCCAAUAUCAGCCCGAGACCCCUAUAUCAGUCCGAGCCCCCUAUAUCAGCCCGAGCCCCCUAUAUCAGCCCGAGCCCCCUAUAUCAGCCUGAGCCCCCUAUAUCAGCCCGAGCCCCCUAUAUCAGCCCGAGCCCCCUAUAUCAGUCCGAGCCCCCUAUAUCAGCCCGAGCCCCCUAUAUCAGCCCGAGUCCCCAAUAUCAGCCCGAGCCUCCAAUAUCAGCCUGAGCCCCCUAUAUCAGCCCGAGUCCCCAAUAUCAGCCCGAGCCUCCAAUAUCAGCCCGAGCCCCCAAUAUCAGCCCGAGCCCCCUAUAUCAGCCCGAGCCCCCUAUAUCAGCCCGAGCCCCCUAUAUCAGCCCGAGGGCCGAAGGCCAGAGAAGUGCUAUGGGGAUCGAGAACUGCCAUAUAA